AUGAGGUUUGGAACCAUUUUGCUGUUCUCAUUGUUGCCAUUGCUUCUUUCUCUGUCAUUUUCUAGCUCUCAGCUUUCACCUGAUACUGAAAUCUCAUCCCGGACCCUUGAUGCCAUUCUUCAAGAUUGCGCCUUUAAGGCAUUUUUUAGGCCAAAAACUGGGGUGCCCUAUGAUGUCCAAGUGCCCAGAAGCCUUACUGGGAUUAGAGUUUCAGCAAUGAGGCUUAGGAGUGGUAGUUUGAGGACCAGAGGUGUUGAAAGGUACAAAGAGUUUCAGAUCCCAAUUGGAGUGGUUGAACAACCUUAUGUGGAAAGGCUUGUUUUGGUGUACCACAACUUGGGCAAUUGGUCUGAGAAGUUUUACCCUUUGCCUGGUUACUCUUAUUUAGCUCCUGUUUUGGGUCUAAUGACAUACAGUGGUGCCAAUUUACUUGCUUCUGAGCUGCCUGAAUUGGAUAUUAGAGCUUCUGAUAAGCCAAUUUUGAUCAAGUUCCCUCAUGUAAAACCAUCACCAUCAGGAUCAGUGCCCAAGUGUGUGUACUUUGAUCUACAUGGUUCUGUUCAAUUUGACAUCCUAUCACAUGGUAAUGUCUGUUCAACAGUCCAACAAGGGCACUUCUCUAUUGUUGUGGAGUCUAAUGCCCCAUCCCCAGCACCUGCCGCUGUUGCUGUGGCUGCUGAUGUUGGGAAAGGGGGCACUAGGAGCAAGUACAUGGUGUGGAUAAUUGUUGCAUCAUUUGUUGGAGGAUGCCUCUUGUUGGUCAUGUUGAGUCUAUUGAUUGCUAAAGUGAGGAGAACCAAACAAGGGAUGAAGAUUCAGCAAUUGGAAUGGGCAGCUGAGAGCAAUGAAACUUUGCAUAUGGCAUCCAUUGGGGGCACCAAAGCACCACUAGCAGUGGGGACUCGCACAAGACCAACGAUUGAAAAUGAUUACAUACCUUAG